AUGGACAGUUCCAAAGACAGUUCGUCUCGAAAACGAUCUCUUACGUCUGACAGUAGUGGUAAGGCAAAACGACAACGUCGUAAAUCUCCUGGUAAUUAUGAAGAACUUCAACAGCAGCGUGUUACAGCCAAUGUGCGUGAACGACAACGAACACAAUCCUUAAACGACGCUUUUACACAGUUACGACAAAUUAUUCCAACUCUACCUUCCGAUAAACUCAGUAAAAUGCAGACAUUAAAACUCGCUUCCCGAUAUAUCGACUUUUUAUACCAAGUGUUGCGGAACGAUGAGUUGAUUGAUACCAAAUCUCCCCCUGGAGGUACAAGUUGUAACUAUGUAGCCCAUGAAAGACUAAGUUAUGCAUUUUCAGUGUGGAGAAUGGAAGGAGCAUGGAAUGUUUCGGGACAUUGA